ACACACAUACAUAUGUAUAUACACAUGCACGUGCAUAUAUGUACACAUAUACAUAUAAUAGAUGCACAUACGCACAUGUGUUCUCACAUGUGCCCGUAUAUGUGUACACAUGUAUGCACAGGCCCCCUGGUGUCUUCGCCAUGGUCUCUGCAGUCUGGCAGUGGGCAGACCUGGCCUUCACAGAGCAAGCAAGCCCAGCUGGAGCCCUGA